AUGAUUCUGACCACAAUAUUUGCAAACUGCAUAGCGCUGGCUGUCUACACUCCAUAUCCAGCCAGUGAUUCUAACUACACCAACUGGGUUUUAGAGAAGAUUGAAUAUAUAUUUCUGGUGAUAUUUACGGGAGAAUGUGUGAUGAAGAUUAUAGCGUAUGGGUUUGUUAUGCACCAAGGGUCGUAUCUACGAAAUGGAUGGAAUUUACUCGAUUUUACGAUAGUUGUUAUAGGUAUGGUAAGCACAGUACUAUCAAGUAUAUUCAAAGACGCGUUCGACGUAAAAGCACUGAGGGCGUUCAGAGUUUUACGACCGCUCAGGCUUGUCUCCGGAGUACCAAGUCUUCAGAUAGUUUUAAAUUCAAUAUUAAAGGCGAUGGUGCCGCUGCUGCACAUCGCGCUGCUGGUGAUAUUCGUGAUCAUCAUCUACGCUAUCAUUGGGCUGGAGCUCUUUUCGGGAAAGAUGCACAAGUCUUGUUAUAGUAGAUUGACAGAUGAAAUAAUGGACGACCCUCACCCGUGUGACCUGGACAACGGCUUCAACUGCUCAAAACUUGGUGAUGAUAUGGAAUGCCGCGAGGGUUGGAUAGGACCAAACUUUGGGAUCACAAAUUUCGAUAACUUCGGAUUAUCUAUGCUGACGGUGUUUCAAUGCAUUACGCUGGAGGGUUGGACGGAUGUGAUGUAUAAUAUACAAGAUGCGAUGGGCAACAGUUGGGAAUGGGUGUACUUUGUGUCGAUGGUCAUCUUGGGUGCAUUCUUCGUCAUGAAUCUUAUUCUCGGUGUGUUGUCUGGAGAAUUCUCAAAAGAAAGAGAGAAAGCAAAGAACAGAGGUGACUUCCAGAAGCUUCGAGAAAAACAGCAGUUAGAAGAAGAUCUUAAGGGUUACCUAGAUUGGAUAACGCAGGCAGAAUAUUUGGAGCCUCUUGCUGAUCAACACGAUCCUAUAGAUCAGAAGAGAGAUUAUGGUAUAGGGCAAACUACAACGGAGCAUGAUUCUACAGACCAUUUAGGAAUAGAAACAAAUGAGCAACAAAAAGUGUCUAUUGGAAAGUUAUGGAAGAAGGAUUUUGAUAAGGUCAACCGUCGAAUGAAGCGUGCUUGUCGACGAGCUGUCAAGUCCCAAACAUUCUACUGGCUCAUCAUAGUUCUAGUCUUCCUCAACACUGUAGUAUUAGCUAGUGAACACUACCACCAACCUCAAUGGCUGGAUUAUUUUCAAGAAUAUGGAAACGCCAUGUUCGUGGCAUUAUUCACACUUGAGAUGUUGGUGAAGAUGUACAGUCUUGGAUUACAGGGUUAUUUUGUGUCACUUUUCAACCGGUUCGACUGUUUCGUGGUCGUGGGGUCAAUUAGUGAGAUGGUGCUCACCAAGACUGAAGUGAUGCCACCUCUUGGAAUCUCCGUGCUUCGUUGUGUCCGUCUUUUAAGGGUGUUUAAGGUUACCAAGUAUUGGCGAUCUCUGUCUAAUCUUGUCGCUUCUCUUCUUAACUCGAUUCAGUCGAUUGCGUCCCUUCUACUUCUGUUGUUUCUUUUCAUCAUGAUCUUUGCUCUCCUGGGGAUGCAGGUUUUUGGCGGAAGAUUCAAUUAUGACCCUGUUGAAGAAAAGGAUAGACAUAACUUCGACUGUUUUUGGCAGGCGUUGUUGACUGUCUUUCAGAUUUUGACCGGUGAAGAUUGGAAUGCAGUAAUGUACGAAGGUAUCAAGGCUUACGGUGGAGUCGGUACCGUUGGAAUUGUCGCUUGCAUUUACUUCAUAAUCCUAUUUAUUUGCGGCAACUAUAUUCUACUUAACGUGUUCUUGGCCAUCGCUGUGGAUAACUUAGCAGAUGCCGAAUCAUUAACGAAUAUAGAAAAAGAGGAAGGCCAAGCACCAGAAGAAAAGGAGGGAGGUAGUGUUGUGGCAACUGAGGGAGGUCAAGCAGACACUGAUGAUGAAUAUAUUCACGAUGAAGAUGUAUAUACAAGUGACAAUUCUGAGAGAGAAUAUGAAGGAUCGGAAGGUGAGAACCAAGAAGAGUUAGAAGGAGAAGAGACUGAUGAAAGAUUAGAUGAAGAAAUUGAUGAAAGAAUAGAAGAAGAACAAGAACCAGAGGAAGAUAUGGUUGAUAACAUCCAAAGAAAUCACAUAGAAUUCGAAGACGAACCCCGUUUGAAACGAAAGCCGACCACAUCAUCGGCUCGCCCACGCAGGCUCUCUGAAGUAGAUAUCCAGAACUCGGCGAAACCGAUCCCCGAUGCUUCCUCAUUCUUCAUAUUUUCCAAAACCAACAGAUAUAUUUUUAUCAAAGACAAUGGCGAAGAAGAGGAAGGAAAGCUUGUAACGGCUAGACCGAGGCGGAUGUCAGAAUUGAAUAUGCCGAAUCAGACGCCGCCUAUACCGAACGCUAGUAGUUUCUUCGUAUUUUCACCGACGAACAGGUUUCGCGUACUUUGCUAUAAGAUGUCAGCGUCGUCGACAUUUGGAAACAUUAUCUUGGUGUGCAUUAUGCUGUCGUCUGCUAUGUUAGCUGCUGAAGACCCAUUAGAUGCAGCUCAGAAAGGCUUUAGGAAUUACCUCCUCAGUCAAUUCGAUAUCUUCUUCACGGGUAUCUUCACAUUGGAGCUGUUCCUGAAGCUGAUAACUUAUGGUCUAAUCCUUCACGAGGGGUCCUUCCUCAGGUCCGCGUUCAACGUGCUCGACAUGCUUGUCGUAUGCGUUUCUCUAAUUUCAAUGAGCUUUAAAUCGGGUAGUAUAUCAGUGGUGAAGAUAUUGCGAGUCUUCAGGGUGCUGAGGCCACUUAGGGCCAUCAACAGGGCCAAGGGUCUGAAGUAUGUCGUCAAAUGUGUGAUAGUAGCCAUUAAGACUAUAGGAAAUAUAAUGUUAGUUACAUAUUUGUUGCAAUUUAUGUUUGCCGUGGUCGGUGUACAGUUGUUUAAGGGUAAAUUUUUUAUGUGUAAUGACAUUUCCAAAAUGACAAAAGAGGAAUGUCAAGGGACGUAUUUAGUGUUUGAAAAUCGUAAUUAUGUUGUGAGAGAUCGGGUGUGGCGGCGAAACGAUUUCCACUUUGAUAAUGUAAUGAAAGGAAUGCUCACUCUCUUUACGGUUUCCACGUUUGAAGGAUGGCCAGGGUUACUGUACGUAUCUAUAGAUUCGAAUGCUGAAGACCGCGGUCCUAUCACUAACUUCCGUCCAAUUGUUGCUGCGUACUACAUUAUUUAUAUUAUUAUUAUUGCCUUCUUUAUGGUUAACAUAUUCGUCGGUUUCGUCAUAGUGACAUUCCAAAAUGAGGGUGAGCAAGAGUAUAAGAACUGUGAAUUAGAUAAGAACCAAAGAAAUUGUAUCGAAUUCGCUUUAAAGGCUAAACCAAUUAGAAGGUAUAUACCGAAACACCGUAUACAAUACAAGGUAUGGUGGUUCGUUACGUCACAGCCUUUUGAGUACGCCAUCUUCGUUCUGAUCAUGAUAAAUACAAUCACGUUAGCUAUGAAGUAUCACAACCAACCCGUGGAGUACAGUAAAGCUCUGGAUCUGCUGAACAUGAUCUUCACUGCUGUUUUUGCUCUGGAGUUUAUAUUCAAACUUGCUGCUUUUAGAUUUAAGAACUAUUUCGGAGAUGCGUGGAACACAUUCGACUUCAUCAUUGUUCUAGGUAGCAUAAUAGACAUCGUCGUAUCGCAAGUAAACGAACUUAAAAAUCAGGUAACAGCACAAAGCACUUUAGAUGUCCACAUAGGCCAAUUCAUAUUUGGACAAAUAAAAGUUACUGUCCCGAGCAUGGACGAUAUUGGUGUUGUAAUAACAACAGCAAGUCGUCUUCUUGAUGUCGUAGAACUUAUUGAGCCCACCAUGUUUCAGGGAAGUGGUCUGUCAAGAACGCAUGUUGUUAAGGAGAGUUCUAUUCCGUCGAUAAAUUUCUUUCGUCUUUUUCGUGUCAUGAGACUGGUGAAACUACUGUCAAGGGGGGAAGGUAUCAGAACGUUGCUGUGGACUUUUAUAAAGUCCUUUCAAGCACUGCCCUACGUAGCUCUACUUAUUUUGAUGUUGUUCUUCAUAUACGCAGUUGUUGGGAUGCAGGUGUUUGGUAAAAUAGCAAUCGACGAUGAUACUCCGAUAACACGAAACAAUCAUUUUCAAACGUUUCCCCAAGCUAUAUUGGUGUUAUUUCGUUCAGCAACAGGUGAAGCGUGGCAGGACAUAAUGAUGGGUGUAUCACCAAGCACAAAAGUUAAAUGUGAUGAAGAUUAUACGGACGAAGGUGAAGAAGGCGCGAAUAAUGAAUCGUGUGGCAGUGUUCUCGCUUUUCCUUACUUUAUUUCCUUUUAUGUUCUAUGUUCUUUUUUGAUUAUUAAUUUAUUUGUUGCUGUCAUUAUGGAUAACUUCGAUUAUUUGACCAGAGACUGGUCAAUAUUGGGACCACACCACUUAGAUGAAUUUAUAAGAUUAUGGAGUGAAUAUGACCCUGACGCAAAAGGUCGAAUAAAACAUUUAGAUGUAGUAACGUUGUUGAGAAAAAUCAGCCCACCAUUAGGUUUCGGAAAGCUUUGUCCCCACAGAGUGGCAUGCAAACGUCUUGUAUCCAUGAACAUGCCCCUUAACUCUGAUGGCACAGUCUUAUUCAAUGCAACUCUUUUUGCGGUUGUGAGAACGUCACUAAAAAUCAAAACUGAUGGAAACAUAGACGACUGUAAUACCGAACUUCGAGCGGUUAUCAAAAAGAUUUGGAAACGGACCUCGCCUAAACUCCUCGACCAAGUUGUUCCACCACCCGGAGAUCCAAAUGAAAUAACAGUUGGAAAAUUCUAUGCCACCUUCCUAAUACAAGACUACUUCAGAAGGUUCAAAAAGAGAAAAGAGCAGGAGACGCGAGCAAGUGCUGGCGGCGAAGCAGUGCAGCAGAUGACGCUACAAGCUGGCUUACGGACUCUACACGAAGCUGGACCGGAAUUGAAACGAGCCAUAUCGGGUUGUUUGGAUGACGUUGAUGCCAAUCUUGACUUGCCUAUGCAUAGGAGAAAUCACUCGUUAUUUGGAGGAGUUUGGUCGAGUAUAAGAAGACAUGGGCCUAAUAGGAAUUUGAAUAGACAAAGGAAGUCUGGUGAUCCACCUUCAGAAGCCGUUGGCAAUCAUCUAAGUUCUAUGAUGCAAAAAGAAUAUGGAGUUGGACCGUUGCCAUUGGCACCUAAUUUGGCUAAUGGACAACCAAAGGAGCAAAUCCCGAUGCGGCCGCUAAUACUCAACGGGGAAUCAGAAAAAAUAUACCAGGUGCUUGAAAGAACAACAAACAAUCUUAAGAACGCUAUUUAUCAAGGUAGCUAA